AGCGAGAGAAAAGGAGGGAAGGAAAAAAAUAAUAAAAAAAGAAGCCAACUCAUCUGACACUAGACAGUGGGCCAAAGAAAAGGGAAGAGCCGUCCAGGACGAGUGGAAAAUCAGGAGAGGACGGGGAGACUUUCAGAGAAGACGACACGGAGGCAGGAAAGGAGCUUCGGCUGAGAGACGGACCUGGAAAAAUAAAAACUUUAAGCAGCACGGCAAAAGAAUAAAAGGGAAUUAGCAGCAGAGGGGGCCCCAACAUUCACAGAGGAAAAGGUUCCUGGUGGAUUCGGGCUCCCCGCUGACUCCUGAGUCUCUGUGGAUGAAAAGAGUCACAUGGUCUCCAACCGGAAUAAGUUACUAACUGAAAAGUAGCUUCACGGUCAGGCCAACAGCAGGAUGUCGACGCCGUCAUCGCAGAGCAGCAUCGAGGGCGCCAACAAUCACAGCUUCUGGAUGCCGGGGAACUAUCAGCCCACUGUGAAGCGAACAGAAGACGCCUUCCAGGCCUGCAACGACAUCGUGGCGUGCUUCCAGGAGCGAGCUCGCGUGGAGCGGCAGUACGCCCAGCAGCUCGGAGAGUGGAGCAACAAGUGGAAGCCGGUGGUGGACUCCAGUCCCCUGUACGGGUCCCUUCUGAAGGCCUGGCAGUGCUUCAUGUCCUCGGCCGAGCGGCUGGCCUCCCUUCACGCCUCCAUCUGCCGCUCCCUGGUGUCGGAAGACGGCGACCGGGUCAGGACCUGGCAGAAGGACACCUUCCACAAGAAGCUGUUUGGCGGCUUCAAGGAGUCCCAGGACAUCGAGACGGGCUUCGCGCGCGCUCAGAAGCCGUGGGCCAAGCGGCUCAAGAAGCUGGACAAGGCCAGGAGGGCGUACCACAAGGUGAGCCGCAAGCAGCAGGCCGCCAGGGAGCGCGAGGUCCACGCUCACGGAAACCCGGACGUCGCCAUCGACAAACAGAAGAAGCUCCAGGAGGAGCGAGAGCUGGCUCAGCAGGGGGCCGAGAAGCGUGUGAAUCUGCCUCCGGGUGUCCAGGUGCGCGGCCGCUACAAGAAGGUCCUGGAGGAGGUGAACCGCUACGCGCCGCGCUACAUGGAGGAGAUGGAGUCCAUCUUCGACCAGUCGCAGGACGAGGAGCGAAAGAGGAUCGUCUUCCUCAAGCAGGCGUUUCUGUCCGUCCACAAACACCUGGACGUCACCAACGACGAGGCCGUGCGGGCCGUGUACAACGAGCUCAACGACACCCUGAUGGCCAUCGAUGAGCACGAGGACCUCCGCUGGUGGAAGAACACGUACGGGCCCGGCAUGGCCACCGACUGGCCUCACUUCCAGGAAUGGAUGCCGGAGAAGAAAAACAAAAGAGGGAAGAAAGAAGUCGAGAAGAAAGCAACAAUAGAAAGAAGUGUGAUCAUCGGAGGAGUGAGAGUCAGAGCCAUGUAUGAUUAUGUUGGCCAGGAGACAGAUGAGCUCUCUUUUAAAGCAGGUGAGGAGUUUUUGAAGAUCGAGGAAGAGGAUGAUCAGGGCUGGUGUCGGGGGAUGAAGGACGACGGGUGCGAGGGGCUUUACCCAGCCAACUACGUGGAGGCGGUGUAGAUAUAAUGCACCAUACUUCAUACUUAGUUUCACGGUGUAAAUUGCAACCUGGUUUAAACUACAUGUAAGAAACAUCAAAUCAUUGCUGUACAGAGAAACACCAAAGAUCUCAGUAAUGAUGAGAUGAUCCCACUUAAAGAGGAUAUUUUAUCAUGCAGAUAUUUUUAAAAACAAUCCAGGUUCUCUUGAAGGAUUUUGAUAAAUGUUUUAAUAUAUACAGUAUGCAUAGACACUCUUACUAAAGCCAUAUAAUAAACAAUGCUUUAAUGUGCUCUUAAGGAAUAUAACUAGCCGUUUGGUGCUGACGUUGCAUUACAGGACUGCUAUUUUACUUAUUUCUUACUUAUUUCAAAGCCUCUCAACCUAAGCAAGUAAAAUGAAAUAAUGUGAUUCUAAUUAAUCAGCAAAGCACAAGUGGAGUUAGCUUGAUGAUAAAUAACCACGAGACCCGUAUUUCUCUUUUUCACCACUAUAGUUUUCUGUCAAAUAAAAGGCGCAAUAAAAUGUGAAGAUUCAUUUCAUGUUCAUCUCUGUGUGUCAGGUACACCAUCAAAACACAUUAAAGAAACACCAGUGCUAGAAGCAAUGCACUAACAACUUAUGCUAUUAAACGUAUGUGAAAGGUGAAACAAUGUUUGCUUAUUUUACCCUUUUUCUUAACUGUCUUUGUACUAAAGCAGGUCACAUGUCACAUUCAUCUACUAACCCCUCUCUAACUCUGCAGAGAGGGUUCAGAGAUAUUUCCUCAUCACCCUCUCACACAUUUCUGAGCAUGUCGGACUGUUUCAUUUAAGCAUCUGUUGGUGUGAGGCUAAUAAUGGAGGUUAAUCAAAGUAAAGGAACUGCUGGUUCCCCCCCCCCCCUGCUUCUUCCUUCCUCCCGUGUGCCUUGUAAAGACGAUGCAUUUUCAACUCUGUCUUUUGGAAAUAAAAUGUAAAACUGUUA